AUGAUGCAAUGCACUCAGCUAGAUAUCAGUCAAAUUUGUGGAUACAACAAUGUUGGAUGGACUUUUCAACAGUCUGUUGGUAGUUCAGGAGGUAUGAUUAUCCUGUGGGACAAAAACAUUAUGGAGGUCAAUGAUGCACUUACUGGGGAAUAUACUUUAUCAUUCUCGUGCACAACUAAGUCAGACAAUUUCAAUUGGAUGCUUACCAGUGUGUAUGGACCCAACAAUACUGUGGAGAGAAUUAGCUUCUGGGAAGAAUUGGAUACUGCAUGUAGACUAUGGAAUUUACCAUGGUGCAUAGGUGGAGAUUUUAACACAGUUAAAAAGUGUGAUGAAAAGAAGAACUGCACCAAGAUCUCCAGAAGCAUGACACAAUUCAAUGACUUCAUUGAGCAGCAUAAUCUGGUGGAUCUUCCUUUGAAAGGUUCUCCAAGUACGGUGUUAUGGCUAAAGCUAAAGGCCCUAAAAGAAAAACUGCGUGUCUGGAACAAGGAGGUUUUCAAACAUACACACACUAGGCUCAAUGACAUUUUGACUGAAAUCCAGGAAUUAGACAAUAUGUCAGAGGAUAGCGUUCUUUCUGAAGAAGACAAACAUAAUAUCAUCUACCUAAAGUCUGAAUUUGAGAAAACGGCGCAAAUGGAGGAAAUAUCUUGGAAGAUUAAAUCAAAUACUAAAUGGCUACAAGAGCGUGACAGGAAUACUGCGUUUUUUAUGAGUAAAGCUACGGCAAGAAGAAGAAGUAACAGGAUCAAACAAUUAUACAUAAAUGGAGCACUUGUAGACGAUAGAUCUUUGUUACAACAACAUAUCAUUAACUUUUAUCGCACCUUAUUCACUGAAGAGGAGGUUAUCAGGCCGGAGCUGGAAGGCAUAGACUUUGAUAGGAUAAACGACCAAGAAAACGUAAUCUUAGAAUCAACAUUUACUGAAGAUGAAGUUUGGAAAGCCAUCCAAGAGCUAGGAGGAAUCAUCUGCAAGAUUGAUUUAGAAAAGGCCUUCGACAUGAUUAAUUGGAAGUACUUGGAGUUUGUUCUAAACAAAAUGGGGUUUGGUAGAAAGAUUUGUAAGUGGCUAAGAUUCUGUUACUCAACUUCUACUUUUUCUGUGUUGAUUAAUGGUUCAUCUUUUGGUCACUUCUCUAGUUCUCGAGGCGUGAGGCAGGGAUGUCCAGUUUCACCACUUCUUUUCAAUAUAGCCAUUGAGGGAUUUUCAAGAUAUAUGGAUAAAGCCUCAACACUGAACCUGUUCAGUGGUUUUUCUGUGACUCCUAACAGUAUCAAUGUUAAUCACCUACACUAUGCUGACGACACUAUCUUUUUCAUUGAUAACAGUAGGGAGGAAUUACAUAAUCUGUUCUCUGCCAUGAAGUGCUUCGAGUAUAUAGCUGGUUUAAAGGUAAACAAUCUAAAAACAAGACUGAUAGCAAUUGGGGAGGUUCCAGAUAUCUCAGUUUGGGCAAAGGAACUUGGUUGUGUCACUGAUGUCUUUCCUUUCAUUUACUUGGGCAUGCCAUUAGGAGCAAAUCCUACAUCUAAGAGCAUAUGGGAUCCAAUAAUUGAAAAGUUUGAAGAGAGACUUUCAAACUGGCGGCAAAUUUCUCUUUCAAAAGGAGGGAAACUAACUCUACUGAAAUGCAUUUUAAAUGCUCUACCAGUCUACUACUUCUCGUUAUUUCAAGCGCCUGCCUCAGUCAUUAAAAUCCUGGAAAGAAAGAUGCGAAACUUCCUAUGGGAAUAUAGUGGUUCUUCUAGAAUAUCUCAUUUGGUUAAUUGGGAUCUCGUCUGUGCCGGUAAGGAAGGGGGGGUCUGGGAGUUUGUAACCUGA